GCGGGGUGGCCCGGCCCGACGUCCCCGGGCGGGUGGAGGAGGCCGCGCCAUGGCCCCGCGCGGGCGCUGCCGGUGGGCGCUGCUGCUGGCCUGGCUGCCGGCCGGUUGCCUCUCCCUUCUGGUGACAGUGCAGGAUGUUGAGCGUUAUACCACCUUGUUUGCCACCGUCGUCCUCAAGUGUGACUAUAGCACCUCAGCUCAGCUGCAGGACGUGGUGGUGACCUGGCGCUUCAAAUCCUUCUGCAAGGACCCCAUCUUUGACUACUACUCAGUCUCAUACCAGGCUGGUUUAGCUCUUGGCCAGGACCCAUCUGAUGACUGCAAUGACAGCCAGCGAAAGGUGCGCAUUGUCAUCCAGAAGUAUGGGCAGAAGGAGCCUGUGCUGGGUAUCGACUACCAACAACGAAAGAUCACCAUUCAGAACCGGGCAGACCUUGUCAUCAGUGAGGUCAUGUGGUGGGACCACGGCGUGUACUACUGCACUGUGGAAGCACCAGGAGAUACCUCAGGUGAUGCAGACAAAGAAGUUAAGCUGAUUGUUCUCCACUGGCUCACAGUACUCCUCAUCGUUCUCGGUGGCCUCCUCCUCCUUCUUCUGAUUGGAGUAUGCUGGUGCCAGUGCUGCCCCCAGUAUUGCUGCUGCCACAUCCCAUGUGUCUGCUGCCCAACCCGGUGCUGCUGUAAUGAGGAAGUACUGAAACGGCAUCGGUUCAUGAAGCAGGCUCAGGCACUUGCACCUUGGAUGUCACCCAACAUGUUCUACGGAGGUGGCGACAGGAACUCGCAACUUUCCUCUUACCAGCUGAACCCUCUACUGCAACAAGAUGUGUCUCUGCAGAACAGUCUUCCACUGGUGCAGCCACAAGCUCAGCUUUCCCCUAACAAGGGUGUUUUGGACUAUCUGGAGUCUGAAAUCCAAAACAUUAACGUGUCACAGCUCCGGCCACCUUCCCACCAGCAGCAGGCUGUGCAGCCCAGCUUGCUGUCCUCCCUGAGCUCUGAGAUCAUGCCACCUCCUCUCACUGAUCAUGUCUCUUCCAUCCACUGGAGCAGCAACUCCUCACGGCCACAGAGAGCUGCCCAUACCCCCAGACCCUGGGACUCUGCAGCAGAGGACAGGAGGGAAAACCGGAGGUGGCCCUUGCCUUCCAGUGGGGAUUCUCAUUCCAGCUACAAUCGGGAGCCCUGGGACAGGCAGCAAGAGAACCAUCCUCAGAGGCAGAGGACAGGCGGCUACAAUGGCAGGCCCCAGCACUCCAGACGGGAUGUGUCACCCCCACGCCAGGCUGAGAGGGGCAAGAGCAGCAGCAGCAGCUGCAGUUUCUAUCCAGAGGAGGCCAAGGAGCGCUCCAGCCGCCACCAUCGUGGCUGGAGACAGGAGCCCACAGGGAGGCGAGACUACCAGCACCACACCGGGAGGAGCAAUAACUCAGGUCAGCGGCGGCACAGCUACUCUCCCCCUUCUCGCAGGGGGUCAUGGAGCUCCUCAGAAGAGCAAGUCCGUCUCCCAGCGACAAAUCGCAGGCUGCGGCACAGGUCUCGGGAAUGGCCAGAAGAUAAACCCCCCAGUUACCGCUCAUUAGAAAUCAUCCCAGGUCAGGACAAGAAGCACAAAGGUAGUGCAGGGCCACGCUCGGACAGAGGAAGUUCCCACAGUGGAAGAAGCAUAGUCAUUUAAUGCCAGUACUGAAAAAACUAAGAUUCCCACUGGACUCCUCUUAGCUUUUCUACUAUGUAGGUUGGGAUGGCUGCUUUUGAUUGAACAGACAACCAGCAAAAAACCAGAUGAAGCAGCUUCCCCUUAGACUUACAACUCUGAAGAAUCUAUGUCUAGUGCACAUGAAAGCAAUACAUAACCCAUUUUUAUUCUUGCUGUGAUCUGGAAACUUAGGUUUGCAAUGGUCUGUGGUCCAUUCAAAACAUUCUAUUGGAAACAGCAGAUUUUUUCAGUAAAUGGUAUAUUCCCAAUCUUUAAAGAGAGAUAUCAGUUGUCUUUGUUAGGUCCCCUGGCACUGUGAGAAGCCCAGUCCACAGAAUGCUCAUCCUUUGCACACCAGUUACUGGAGAAGGGCUCCAAUGAUCACAGAGUUGUAAAGUCACAGGACAGUAGAAUAAUUUAGGUUGGAAGAGGCCUCUGGAGGUCCUCUGAUCCGGUCCUCUGGGAGUUCGGUGAAGGGAGGCACAGCAUCUCCUUUCUAAGGCACCUCUGUUGUGCUUCAGAAUGUGUAAUGUUUGCUGCUUCUGCCUGGCUGCUCAGCAUAGUUGGGCAGUUGCUUCCCUUUGUCCCCAGUAAGCCUCUCUCCCAAAAAGAAGGAUCACAGUGUUGGAAGGAUGUUUGACUGCCUGAAUAAGGGCUCACUAGCACAUCUGCAAAUUGCCAGCUUAUCUUCCCUAUACUGACUGAAACAACCUGCCCUACUUUACGCUUAGACCUUAGUGCCUUACAAGAUACUUGUUCUAGCCUUUAACUCAGACUUGAAUUUAUCUGUAAACUUAAAGGGCUAAAUUUACCAAGGUUUGGCUGUCCCUACAGGGACUGAGCAAGGUAUGACUACUGUCCCUCACACUAUGGACCAGAAUUUCCUUCAACUCUAGGAAGCGUGGCUUUGGUGGACAUAUCUUUUCUAAGCUGUGUACUCUUUUCCAUGCAUUUUAUAUGCUCCAUUUGCUCUCUGUGCCAUGUAUCAUAUACAUGGGAUGGGAUAAAGGGCUCUGAAGAAGUCUUACAGUCACCAUUUUUACUAUUGUUCUUGAUCUUUACCGUGACACUUAUACCAACUCUGCAUAUGUGGUGCAUCUGAUCUGUAGCUAGAUUGCAGGGUUUUCUCAUCUCUCACCUUGCAACUAGAACACAGAAUUUCUCUAUGCUCCGAGACCAGUUGUGAAGGAGAAGAACUUGGCAUUUCUCCUUGAUGUGAUUCAUCCACUGUUUUCAUUUAAAAUGUGCUGGAGAAAGAGAGGUUCUCUGGAUGCUGGCUGCUUCAAUGGAAAACUGGCUUGCCGAAGGCACUUCUUGGAUUCAAGAGACUCAACUGUUGGCAAGGAGCUUUUGGAGCAUCUUGUUAAUUAUUUUGUAACCCAGAGGUACUAGAGAUUGGCCAGUAUCAAUGACUGUAUUGCCUAGCUUAUUUCCCAGCCAGUGCCACAUGGACACUUGCUACUAUUUGUUCUUUAAUGUCCUAAUUACUGAUGUGCUUAUGCUUUCUCUUGGAAGACUGGCUUGGAGAGGCUUUCACUUGCAAACCUCCUUUUUUUUCUUUUCUUUGGACAAUGAUGGGAAACAUCACGCUUGGAGCAAAUGCUCCUAGCUGGAUAUCCAAUGCAGUUGCUGGUCAAGCAAAGGCUACUACAGAGAGUGCUCGUUUUCCUACAGUUUCUUGGCUGACAGUGCUUAUUUCUAAUUCCUGUGUAUGGAGAUAAAGCAGGAGGAACCACUAGCUUCUCUGGUUGACUUUGUUUCAGAAACGGAGGCCUACUUUUUGAAGACAGAGGGGCUGUUUGCCAGGAUUUGAUGGCUAGCACAAGAAAGAGCUAAAAGAGCAAAAAGACUAACUCCAAAGUUUGAAUUCAAGAAAGGAACGCUGUGUUAAGCGUGGUCCUUGUCUACAUUAGAUGCAAACUGUGAAUAAUGUGAACUGACCCAUGAGUUACAUCUGAAAUAUAGGGAAUUAAGUGUGUUCACAGAACUUGCAAAGCCAGUAUCGCUCUUGAAUCUGGUUCUCAGCCACUGGCUGUGAAUCAUUUUUAUUCUUAUUUAAUGACAUGAGGAUUUUAUGCACCCUCUCUUCUAUGAUGGGCUAGUAUUUUUAUUAGUUAAGAGGAGUUUAUGAUGACUGCAAUGACAGAAAACAAUGGGGCUCCUUCUUCCGAAACUAGCAUCCUGUUUUGACUUUAGCAUUGCCCUCUGGUGACUUUUAGCAGAUACCCAGGGCCCUGCAGAUUCUACCCUUGGAAGCUGAAUUGGUGGCUUGGAAUUUGACUCUCUCCUUAUGCUUCCAAUAGGUCCAUAUAUCAUGCAGGACAACUUCUUCCUGUCAUCUCAACCCAGCCCAAAUGUCCAGGUUUCAGGGAAGGGCUGCCCAUUUCUCCAACAAGAGUAGAGGCUAUGGAGACAUCAGGUGAGAUCCCAAGAUGGUACGAUGGGAAAGAGUUGACUUUCCUUUGCAUUCAAGUGUGUAUAAGCCAACAUGUGUCCAGCAAGUUUUCCCAAGAGCAAGAACCCCCUCACACAGCAAGAAAACCCAGAUGACUGUGUAACAGUAGCAGCUGUUGAAGCUUGCUGCUGUAGUAUGAGCGCACUAACUGUACAGAUUGUGCUUUUUUAUCUAAAUCCUAUGAAGGAGCCCCCCAUCUUUAUUUCUUCCUCUAGUCCCCAUAAUUGAGCUAGGGUGACUAAUUGUAGAUUGUGUGAACACAUUUGUGCUGUAUGAAGUCUGAAGAGUUUUAUCUUUAUCAUACUUGAGCUCCUGUUCAGUCACUUUGUUCAUAUUUAUAGAAACAUUAAACAAAACUCUUCAGGGACAAUUGAUUGUAUCUCACUCUUAAUUGUGUAACUUCUUAAAUUGUGACAGAAGUAGAUUAGGUUAUCCAGCAGGGAAGCAGAAAUGGCACCAGGUUUACUGGUCCACAGACCACUGCGGUUCAUAAAACACUAGUUGGUGGGCCGUGAAAUAAUGCAAAGGAAAUCUAUAUAUGCAUGCUUUACAACUGCAAGCAGACAGAAAAGUGGGAAGGAAAUAGUCUCUGCUUUGAGUGCUUAUUUCUAUUUUUAAUUGGCUAUAAAUGAAAGCCAUUGUGACAACACUACACAAUACUAUGUGGACUCUUUUUUCCAGUAAGAUUACAGGGUCUUUGACUUUUUAAAAGAGAGAGAGAAUUGAGCAGCUCAAAUACUGCACACUGAAAGAAAUAACGGUAGGAAAUAGCCUAGCCUUGUUCUUUCUAUGUUGCAAUUUAUUCAUGCUUAAUUUUUCAGCCAUUCCAAAGAGCUGAUGUUCGUAUGUCAGCCCAUUUGUGAUGAAAAAAGUUGAAUAUGUUUCACAUAUGGGAGUUACUGCCAUUCUAGACUUCUGUUCUUCCUGCCACGCAGUUGAAGGAAUAUACCUUACCCCCAAGAAUGAAUUUUCUGUCUCAGAUAAAGUGCCUUGACAGCCACUGGAGUUACCCUAAUUUAAAAUAAUAAUGUAAUGAGUAAGUGACCACGCCACAUGGGGCAGAUAAGGAUGUCCAUGCUGCUCCUGUCAGCUGUUUUCCACCUCAGACCAGAGAUUCAUAAGAGAUAUAAAAAAUAAUGUAAUUUUUCUUUGAUUAAGAAAGGACUUGGAGUAUCUGGGUUUCUUGCUUAUUUGCAGAGUGCCCUGCUAUGCCGGAAUGCCGUUCCAGGAAUGGAGGGCAAGGGCUGCUUCUUGUGCAAUCAUUGAUCUGGUCUUGGCAAGUGCCUGUUUGGCAGCAGAAAGUGCUGAAAUGCCCAGUUGCUAUCUCUGGGAUUGUAUUCGUGAUAGCACUAGCUAAAGUUAGCCUAACUUCAGGCAGGGGGAAGUUACCUUGUGUGAUAACAACCACAAUGCAAAGCUUUUCAGCAGUAUGUAUUACUACAUAGGGUAGCUAAGUCCCCUCUGUGUUACUACCUCCAGCAGCACAUCAGUUUAAAACACCCACUUAAUAAGGUUAGAGCCUUCCAUUUGUUGACCUGACAUAGGAGAAAGAUGACACUUGAGGUUACAUUAAAUUAACCCCCACAAGUAAUGAGUGUUCGUUGCUAUUUCAGCAAAGUUUAAUGCCUAUAACGUGCCUUGUGCUGGUCUUCUGAAUAUCAUUCCAGCUGUAAAAGCAGAUGGUAAAUGUGCAGAUUCUCUUCAAUGACUGUCAAAUGUUUAAUUAAAAUACAAGAGAACUUUCAA